AAAAGGAAAAUAUCAACCUGAACAUCCCCCGCGGCCCACGGGAUGAUAUCGACCGAAGAUACCGCAAACAACAGAGCCGUAUAAAGAUCGAUGCGGGGUUAACGGAAAUCGAAGAUAGGCUCGUGCAACAAAAGCCCGUCGAAGCCAAGUUGGUUGUUGGUGACUCGGACGUUAUUAUGGAAGGUGAUUCAGGGAUCACCAGCAGCAGCCAAGAUACAAUAACGCCGAUUACCAAGGCCGUGGAAAAGGCGAUACAGGACUACGAGUCUGCUGUCAAGGUCCAUCUCGUCAAUGUAGCAAAAAAGGCGUCGACUCUCCGAUCCUUUUAUGGCGGCGCUAGGUUCAAGCAAGACAAGUACGACUAUAGAGAGGCCCUGCGGCAUGACCUUGAUAAGGCUACAACCGCGAUCCUACAGAUGCGGAAGCAUGUCCCCGAUCGGCAACUAUCAGAUAAGGAUCUCGCGGAUGUGCUCCACCAUCUUGAUGACGAUAUCAAGGGUUCCAUGGCAUUUUUCGAUGGAUUGCCGAAUGUAAAAGAAUACGAUUGGGCGCCAUAUCUGCGACUCAUGGACGAGGUAAAUAAACGACCGGAGAUUGAGCGCAAAACGCUCCUAAAUUCCAAGUCGUUGACGAGGCGUCGGAAGAAGAUCGCCAGAUCUCUCUUCGAACGAGGAUUUCUGAAUUUGAAUACUCUGCCGGACGACAAGCGUAAUGCCUUUCUGCAGUCGCCACUCGUGAUCGGGCUAGGUGAUGGUGAUUUCCGUGGUUGGAAAGGUCAGAGCCACGGCGGCAGUAAGUUUACCAGGAACUUAAUACGACAGGCAAGCAUUGAAGACUUUUCUGAGAGAAGCGAGUGGCAAUUGAAUGAUUCUAAUAUUUUGGCUUCUCCUGGCAUUACUAGACUCGGGAUCUCGUUAAGGACUUGGCAAGGAACAAGAAGACACCAAUGGUGAUCGAGUUGGUCAAGAUUCCAGAGUUCCGGACGUCGAUUUUUUGCUGUUCGUGCCACUUUCGGAUGGGAGUCCGGGGCCGGUCGGUAAUCUGCGACGAGUGCAAGUGGGAGCGCGACCGGGACCACAACGCUGCCACGAAUAUGUCCAACGCUGUGUUGCAGUUUCUCCGCAAUGGGCAGUGGCCCGCUCCUCUUGACUAUGAAAGGGCCAAGCUUGUCGACAAAACAACAACAUCAACAAUAACGACGCU